UAUCAAUCCAUCUUCAAGUUCGACAAGUUUAACGCGAUGCAGUCCGCGUGUAUCGAUCAUGUACGUGGUCACCUUUCCUGUUGCCUCAUAUAUACCGUAGCUCCCACCGGUGCUGGAAAAACGGCUGUGCUCGAAUUAGCGAUUUUACGUGCUUUAAUGAAUGGCAGCGGCGAUGCCAAGGUUAUUUACAUGGCACCAACCAAGAGUCUCUGCUCAGAACGGACGAAAGACUGGGAAAAGAAAUUUGAACCGCUGGGUAUCGCAUGCAAGGAGUUCACUGGUGAUACUGACUAUACCUCUUUUAAUGCGAUCAAAACCAGCAAUAUUAUUGUGACAACACCAGAGAAGUGGGAUUCAAUGACGCGUCGAUGGACUGAUUACAAGAGCUUGAUGCAGUUGAUCACCUUGUUCGUGAUGGAUGAAGUACAUAUACUUAACGAAAGACGUGGUGCUGUUCUUGAAGCAUGCGUUAGUCGGAUAAAGACAAUGGAACAAACUGUUAGAUACGUUGCUGUGUCUGCAACUGUACCCAACUUACAGGAUAUUGCUGACUGGCUUGGUGCUAUUGCCAUCUCAUUUUCCGAAGAAUUUCGACCCGUUCGCUUGGAGCGAGUUGUCUAUGGAAUGACAUUUAAUGGCGAUAACAUGUUCAGUUUCGAGAACAAGAUGGAUUGGAAAUUACUCGACAUGAUUGACAAGCACAGCAUGGGAAAGCCGACAUUGAUUUUUUGCUCUACUCGAAAGUCAGCCCAAUCAUCGUGCGAGGUUCUACUCAAACUGAUGGCACAAAGGAAUAUCAGUACCUUGGGAAAACUUGCCGAGUUUCUCGAAAGAGGCAUAGGGUUCCACCAUGCCGGUCUAGAAAGUAGCGAUCGUCAGCUUGUCGAGCAACUUUUUAUACAACGUACAAUACGUGUCGUUUCUACCACCUCCACAUUAGCACUUGGUGUUAAUCUGCCAGCUCACUUGGUUAUUAUUAAAUCGACCAAAACCUAUCAAAACGGAUCAUUGGUAGAUUGUUCAGAUAUUGAGCUGUUACAAAUGAUCGGCAGAGCAGGAAGACCAGGUCUUGAAGAUUCUGGGUGUGCCGUUAUUCUGACAACACCAGAUAUGGAGCAACGGUACAAGACGAUUGUGUGUGGCUCCAGCCACAUUGAAAGCUGCUUACAUGCAAACUUGGUGGAGCACAUGAUGACUGAAAUAUGCUUGGGCACAGUGACAGACACAGAAACAUGCAUAAAGUGGCUUCAGUCAACGUUCCUAUACGUUCGGAUCAAGAAAAACCCUUCACGGUAUAUGAUUGAUCACCUGGAUGAGGAAGCAUCUGAUGAUAAAUCGCGAAAUCCGCAACCAGAGCAAGUUCUUCGAGAUAUUUGUACAAGGAGCAUAAAGACGCUCGUCGAGAACGAUUUAGCAACGAACGUGACCACCAAUUACGGAGCAAAAAGACUUCAGGCGACAGCGUACGGUACAGCUAUGGAUCGCUAUUGUAUCAAGCUCGAUACCAUGAUUACCAUUCUGAAAGCAGAGCGUUGUUCGUCAAUAAAAGACGUGUUGGGCCUGGUAGCAGAAGCAGAAGAAUUUGAAACGAUGCGCUUUGCCGCGGGCGAGAAACCAUUUCUAAAUUCAUUGCAAAAGAAUGCAAACAUCCGUUUCCCUAUUUCUGGUAAAGUGGCAACCAUUGCUGACAAAGUCUUCCUUGUAAUUCAGGUAAUAUUCUUUUGCGCCUUUUCUACUUUCUUUCCGUGUAUUAUCGACUGCAGCGUGCAUGAUCGCGAUGCUAUCCGGUUGAAGCAUACCCUGGAGCUUUACCGCAGCAUGCAGGCAAAAAUGUGGACUACAUCAUCAUAUCCGCUCCGCCAAAUUGAACGCAUUGGACCCCAGAAGGCUAAAAUGUUGGCACAAGCCGGAAUCUCGACAUUUGACCAGUUGCGUGGAGUCGAUGCAGCUCGAAUCGAAGUGAUCCUUCGCCGCAACCCUCCGUUUGGAAACCAGGUACUGUAUUGUUAUUUUAUGCUUAAAUUGACGAAAAUUGUUGUUGCAUUAACAAUUCUCUUUUUUCUCAUUUCGUUACAUGUACCCGCUCCCCUUUAUGUCUAA